AUGGCACAGGAGGUGAUGCACCGACUUCCUUCGUCGCCGCCGCUGACGACUUCUCCAGAGCUGGCCAGCCCCCCUCCGAUUACUUUUCCUAAGCUCUCGGAGUCACAGCUCCUGCGCAAGCCAACAUCGCUGCAUUCGCCGCGGUCCCCGCGGUCACCCGACUCCUCACAGGAGCCAAAGCAGCUGAAACCUGCCUUCUUCAAGUUCGGCUCCGCCUCCAGCCUCAACAUUGGGAAUACAGAAACGAUGUUCAUUGGUCCGACAGAAACCGAAGGUCCGGAUGUACGAACGAGGCACUCCAUAACAUCCUCCGCAGAUCCAGAGCUGGAUUUGCCGACGACGCUGCCCUCAGCCGACGCGCCAUCCAAGGAUGUAGGCGACGCGCCAUCCAAGGAUGUCACCAACUUGGAGAAGCUGAAGAAAGACCGAUCCACUACCAUCAGCUCCCUGGUCACAAUCCAGCACACAGAUAAAGGUGGCAGCUCGUGGGAUUCCAUAUACCUCAAGGGCACCCACAAGGAGCACCAAGUGAAGGCUGUGGAAGCGGCCAGGAAGCUCUCCACCUUGAAGUCCGAGUCUGCCACCUCCGUCACCUCGUAUCGAUCCCUCCUGGACCAAGAGCCAAAGUCCAUCGCCGGCCGCCUCGUAACAUCUACGUCCUUCAAGGUUGCCAUGGCCACCGUCAUCUUUUUGAACCUUGUGCUCCUGGGCAUCGAGGUCGACUAUACACGAUCGUUGCCACCGGGGGAAGACCCACGCGAGUUCUACUGGAUGAAUAUCGUCAUUGUCAUCAUCUUCAUUGUGGAGCUCUUCCUGAAGGUGGUCGCGUUUGGGUGUCGAGAGUGCUUCUGCGGCCAGGAGAAGUGGUGGAACUGGUUUGACUUAUUUAUCGUUGGGCUCUCUCUCUUCGAGACGAUCGCAGAGUUCGUGCUUGAAAUGGCGUCGAACCAGACACAGAUGGACCCAAGCCACCUGCGGAUCAUGCGCUUCUUGCGCCUAGUGCGCGCCUUGCGUGGCAUCCGUGUGAUUCGGCUGCUGAGGUACAUCAGCGCACUGAGAACCAUCGUUUUCUCCAUUAUCAGUACUCUGGGCUCUGUCUUUUGGACGUCCCUGCUGCUCGUUGUCCUCUUCUACCUGUUUGGUACCCUCAUAGCUCAAGUGGUCAGUGACCACUGCAGACAAGUGAAGUUUCAUUCCGAAGAUCCCCAGGACUGCGCUAACGAAGCGAUGUUCGGGAAGCUGCUGCAUUACUGGUCGAGCGUACCAGAGGCCAUGCUAACGCUGCUCAUGGCCAUCACUGGUGGGCUGAGCUGGAACGAUGCGCUGAUGCCCUUGCGCCCCAUCUCGGAGAUUGCGGUGAUCGGCUUGCUGAUGUACAUUGUGAUCACAGUGCUGGCGAUUUUGAAUGUUGUCACUGGUGUGUUCUGCAACAUGGCCAUAGAAUCAGCGCGGGCAGACAAGGACAUUGCUAUCAUGCAGCAAAUCCACAAACAUGAGGCGCAGGUCGAAUCCCUGCGCGAGAUUUUCCACGAGAUCGACUUGGAUGGAUCCAACGUGAUCACUGUCGUGGAGCUAAAGGAGGCGAUGAAAGGGCAGAAGAUGUCCAGCUUCAUGCAGUCGCUAGAUAUCUCCACAAACGAUGUGUUCACCCUCUUCAUGGUUAUUGACGCAGAUGGCAGUGGCGAGAUCACGCUGGAUGAGUUCGUCUAUGGCUGCAUGCAGCUACAGGGCCCCGCCAAGGGAUUACAGAUUGCCAGGAUGAGCUAUGAGAACACGAUCAUUCGCAAGGAGCUGAAGCACCUUCGGAUGGAUGUCAAGAAAGUUUUUCAACGGUUGGAGCAAGUGCGGACAGUGUCAAAGGAGGUGCGUGAGCUCAGCAGGCUCAGGGGCAGAGCGCACUCUGAGAGCUUGUGA